AUGAACCUCAACAAGGUAGGUAAAGAGAUUGAAUCCUUACGGAUGAGGCUCAAGGAGAUUGCUGAAAGCCGCCAAGAGUUUGGUAUCAAAAAUCUUGGAGAAGGGAUGACUACACAUGGAGAAGAGCUUCAACGGAUCCGGCGAUCCUCUCGUCUCAGCAAGGACAAGGAUAUAGUGGGCUUCGAGGAGAUAACAAAAUCCCUAGUGGAAGAACUUUUGAAAGAGGACGAAAACCGCCGUGUGGUUUCAAUCAUUGGCAUGGGAGGUGCUGGUAAAACAACUCUAGCCAAAAAAGUUUAUAACCAUGCUGGCGUCAGGGGAACAUUCAACUGCCGUGCUUGGGUGUGCGUCUCUUCAAGCUACAAUCACAAAGAGAGGCUGAGGACAAUCAUAAAGCAAUUAAAUCCGAUAACUAAUGAGCUACUUGACAUGUUGGAAAAGAUGGACGAGCAGGACUUGGAAGAAAGGCUGUAUAAAGAUCUACAAGAUGAGUGUUAUCUUGUGGUACUUGAUGAUGUAUGGGAGGAAGAAGCGUGGGAUUGUCUUGCUAGGGCCUUUCCUGACGUUUGUACAUCAAGUAGAUUGCUGCUUACAAGUCGCAAUAGGGAUGUUGCCCAACACGCUGAUGCUUAUAGACACCCGUAUGAGUUGAAAACUUUGGGGCAGGAAGACAGCUGGCAGUUGUUUCUCAAAAAGGCCUUGGGCCAUGGAGCUAAUGCUGGGUGUCCUCCCUAUUUGGAAGAAGUAGGCAGAGAGAUUGUAAGGAGAUGUGCUGGUCUGCCACUGGCCAUCACAGUUAUAGCUGGGCUACUGGGCAAGAAAAAGUUGAAGAGUGAAUGGGACAAAAUUCUCAACAAUUUCGGCACAAACCUAUCAAGGGGCCAGAGUGGGGUAUCAGCCAUUCUGGAUUUAAGUUAUGCAGACCUUCCUCCCAAUCUGAAAUUUUGCUUUUUGUAUUUGGGUUUGUUUCCCGAAGACUCCGUGAUUUCUGUGCGCAAGUUGAUCCAUAUGUGGGUUGCAGAGGGAAUAAUGCAAAAAAGAGAUGCAAAAAAUUUGGAGGAAACUGCAGCAUAUGAUGAUGUGGAACGACUUUGUAGCAGAAAUAUGGUCCAGGUGGCGGAAAUGACUGUUGAUGAGAGGAUUAAAAGCUGCAGAGUCCAUGAUUUACUGCGAGAGCUUGCAAUCAGAAAGGCAGAGGAUGAAAAUUUCUUUCAGAUCCAUGACACCAGAGAUAAUGAAAUAUCAGCCAAAUCCAGGUACCUUGCUGUUCAUGUUCUCCCUCUGGAUGAAAAUUAUCUUGUGUCUUCGACCCCUCCUCUCCGGUCUCUACUUUUUUUCAAUAUCCGCCGUUACGGGAAAGGCAUUAGUUUUAGCUCCAAAAGUUUCAGAAAGCUUAGGAUACUAGACUUUGAGAAUAUUGGGAUGGGUUAUAAUUUGCCAAAAGGAAUUGGUGAAGUCAGGCUUUUAAGGUACCUCAAUUUAAGAGGCACAUUCAUUACAAGACUCCCUCAUUCCGUCGGUUGCUUGCGAUACCUACAAACUCUUGACAUACGGACCAAAUUACGGGCACUUGGGAUCCUCUGUGACACAUUUUGA